GUCAUCACCAGAAUGACGGCCGCCCUGUCCAUUAAACACCAAACACUGAAGCGAACCUAAUCCGUCCACGGGGCCCCCAGUCAUCCCGUCCACCACCACCACCAGGCACUCCCACACUGAACUGUUCCCUGGCCUUCCUUUCGGCGGCGUGCUGCUCCUCCCGCCCUCCGUCACCUUCAACAACAAACGUCUUGUCUUGAACUCAACAACAACUGUUUUCCUCGAUUUUCUGCUUCAACGACUCCAUACCCGAUACCCAAACUUGCUGCUUCGCGCGUCACGUUCCCGUCCAGCCUUUGUAGUGGCGACCUGCAAACGACUAAUCAAGCACCUGACACCUCUUUGCCCUUUUAUCUCUUGGUUAAUUAAUCUGGCCACCCCCGGUAGCGCCGCAACCCGCUUCGCCAGCAACCCCGUCUAAUCUCCCGACUACACAUCAACGUCACCACACCACACCACAUCAUCUGUCCAUAAUGGCCACUCGUGGACCUCCCGGCGCGCGCCCCGGCAUGGGAAACCGCUUUGCCCAGUUCAAGCUGGUAUUGUUGGGUGAAUCGGCGGUUGGAAAGAGCUCGAUAGUCUUGCGCUUCGUCAAGGACCAGUUUGACUCGUACAGAGAAUCCACGAUUGGCGCCGCUUUCCUAACACAGACCAUUGCUCUCGACGAAAACACAACGGUCAAGUUCGAGAUCUGGGAUACCGCCGGCCAGGAGCGCUACAAGUCUCUAGCGCCCAUGUACUACAGAAAUGCCAACUGUGCAGUAGUCGUUUACGAUAUCACACAGGCGGCAUCUCUGGACAAGGCCAAGUCGUGGGUCAAGGAACUUCAGCGCCAAGCAAACGAGAAUAUCAUUAUCGCUCUUGCCGGUAACAAGUUGGAUCUCGUGCAGGAGCAACCCGAUAAGCGUGCGAUUCAGACGGCCGACGCCCAGGCAUAUGCAAAGGAGGCCGGCCUUCUCUUCUUCGAGACUUCUGCCAAGACUGCCGAGAACGUGCAAAACCUGUUCACCGAGAUUGCGAAGAAGCUGCCCCUCGACCAAGUUGGACCGAGGCAUGCUCGCCCGGGCCAACGACCGGGUGUCAGUCUAGCUCCCGAGGGGGCCAACACCCAGGUCGGAGGGCCUUGUGCUUGCUGAGCCUGUGACGGGGACUGUUUCGGAGUUUGGGAGCUACGUAUGGAAGAAAUACCCGGUGCAUCUACAGGAGUGGGUGGGGAGCGUGCCGGUGUCGAAGGGUCGAUGCGUGAAUGACCGGCGCAACGGCAGACCUGGGCCCCUUUACACAAAGAGAAGGCCAGGGGAGAUGGGUGGGGUUUCUCAUGUGAGACUGGGCUGUCGUGCGGCUGCAUGACAUCGUUCUGUUUCAUUACCGGCUCUGGUCGAUGGGUAUUUUGUUCCUCUUUUUCGUUGGACGGGGUGCCCUUCCACGGUCGAAGGACUGGUGAAGCACAUCAGCUGCCCCUGUGGACAUGAUUCAUGAUACUGGUAGGUCCAUCUUGCGUUGUACACUAUGCAGAUAGAGGCAACAGCCUGCUGGAGGAGGGAUGUUGCGCGCGUGGUUAAUGGUAAUGAUGCUAUUGAUUUUACUUUGAGCGUCGGGCAAUUUGAAAGAUAUUUACUGCCUUUAAUAGGCAUGCCCGCUUCGUUUGGCAAAGAAGUGUUUUGCAUCUCUAGACUUACUACUGUGUUGGUACCACAGCUGAGACGACGGAGAUGUGUAUCUGCGUACAGUGUGCAGCCAUACAUACCUAUCUAUCUCUAGCUAAAUAGCUCUUGUAGGAAAGAGAACUGAACUAAGUGACCUUGAAUGGGUGGGGGACCACCCAGCGACCUGGA